AUGAGACAGGUAAAAGAAAUCGACGCACCGGGUUUCUACCUGCCUCACCACGCGGUCUUUAAAAACACGAGCGCGACGACAAAGGUCCGCGUGGUUUUCGACGGCUCCGCUAAAUCGAGCAGCGGAUUAUCGCUUAAUGACGCGUUGUUAACCGGGCCCACGAUACAGAGCGACCUACUUUCACUGCUCCUGCGAUUUAGGAUGCACGUCUAUGUCUUGACCGGCGACAUAGAGAAAAUGUAUCGGCAAUUCCUCGUGCGACCGGAGGAUCGAGCCUUCCAGCGCAUCUUAUGGAGAGACGAGAAAAACAACGUGUCUACAUACGAGCUGAACACCGUCACGUUUGGUUUGACAGCAGCUCCAUAUCUCGCCAUAAGAUGCGUAUAUCAGCUCGCGGACGACGAAAGAGAACAAUUCCCGAACGCUUCGACGAUUGUGAAACGGGAUCUCUACGUCGACGAUUUGCUCACCGGAGCUGACACGAUCAAGGAGGCGAGAAAACUGCGAAGCGAAAUCCACAACCUGUUCGAACGAGGAGGAUUGAACAUCCGUCAAUGGGCCUCGAACGAACCACAGCUUCUCGCAGGACUGGACCACGAGCAGAUCCACCCGAAGAUCCUAGGCGACCCGACCACCAUGAAGACGCUCGGUAUAUCAUGGGACGCGCUGAAGGACAGGGUUCUCUACACGGUCGAGCCGCCAAGCAGCCAGAAGAUUACGAAACGAACGAUCCUGUCAGCAAUUGCCAAAAUCUUUGACCCGUUGGGACUCCUCGGCCCAGUAACUAUUACGGCGAAAAUGAUCAUGGAACGGCUAUGGCAACUGAAGAUCGACUGGGAUGAAUCGCUCCCAGCCAAUCUCUACACAGAAUGGACCACCUUCGUCAACCAACUGCAACUGCUGAACCACAUCGAGUUUCCACGCAACGUAACCCAACGAGCGGUCCAUCACAUCGAUAUACAUGGUUUCUGCGAUGCGAGCGAGCGAGCGUAUG